CGUGACUCCCGUGUUUUGUUUUAUAGGAGAAUCUAAACACACACAAAAUAUCUGGAGAAAAUUUAGAGAGAGAGAGAGAGAGGUAAUGGGAAACAGAGAGCAAGUAGCUGAGCUGAUAUCAUCGCUGGAGAAAGCAACUCUGUUGUCUCAUCAAAUCGGAACCGCAGUGGAACGAAACCAGCUCCUUCAAAUCUCCUCUUCUCUUCGCAUAGCCCACCACCGCCUCUCCACCUUGCUCCUGUCCACCGUUUCAUCCGAUAACUCCGUCUCCUCGGUCGAUCCGAUGCAAUUAGGGGAGGGGGAGGGUGAAGCGGCGGAAGAUGAGAGAGAUUCGGCCGUGGAGAAGGUGGAGGAGAAGAUGAGAGAGUGUUUUAUAAGGAACAAGAGAGCCAAGCGGCCACUUUCUCCGUCGUCCGCAGUGAUGGAGACUUCGGCGACAGGAGAAGAGAGGAGUAGCCGUGAUUAUUAUUAUGGGUUCGAUUUGGACCCAAAUGCAUCCAAGUUGAGAGCUUUGGAUCUUAUCUAUCAAUUUCAUGGAUAGUAGAUUUUUGUUUUUAAAACUCAAAUGUUAAGAAGCUUUCGUGAUUGUAAAGACAUUUAUCAUUUUGGUAAUAACAGUUUUACAUUAUAAAGACAGUGAGUUGUACAAGAAGAAGAUUUGGAAGCAGACUAAAGAGAGUUGUAGGCUACCAAAGAGAAGAAACUUUUGGGUGGAUGAUAGUCCCUAGGGUGCUUCUAUCUGAAUGUUACAGCAGCAUCAACUUGCAUGGACCACAAGACCGAAAGCGGGUAUAUAUGUAUUAUGUAACUGGUAGCAAUUCGUUGUCUUGUGAUGCACAAGUUUGGACAAGUAAAAUAUAGAACUGUAUAUAUACC